AACAACGAGAAAAAAACACGACAGUACGUCAAAGAGAAGAAGAUCGGCGAUGCAAAGGUAAUAAGCUAUAAAGAUAUCGUCGAAGCAGUAAGGGUACGAGCUCAUAAGGAUGCCGAGAAGAAGGAGAAAGCUAUAAGAAAAAAGGCUCCUAAGGUGAGCAAGCGGCAGGCGAAGAAAAGGGAGUAUACGGCCGCUGGCGAGGCCGAGGAAGGACUGCAGGAGAUCGAGGGAGCAGGGCUGUCUGCAUACUGUUCGAUCUUGACUCAAGAGCCAAACACGCGUAUGUCAGAUCAAGCGAUCGUGGCAUCGCGUGCCUUCGAGGGCGACGGCUCGGGGAAUACGCCGAAUAGUAGUGAUGCGUGGCCAGUGGGAGGUUCUACCGAGAUGAUACGGUGGCAAGCGCCAGUGGCACGCAUGUAUUAA